AUGGGUUCAAAUCGGUUGUUAGUAGUUGAUGCAUAUUCAAAGUACCCGUGUAUUCAUCCAACUACUUCCACUUCGACCAGCGCUACUAUCAAGCUACUUGAAGAGGAUUGUGCUCAUUUCGGAUACCCACACACACUGGUAUCUGACAACGCAACUACUUUCACAUCGGAUGAAUUUCAGCUUUGGUGUACGGAGAGGGGUAUUGUCCACCUUACAGGAGCACUAUACCACCCAGCUACCAAUGGAGCUGCGGAGAGAUUAGUACAAAGUUUCAAACAAGCAUUGAGGAAAUCUACUCAUCCUCCAGGUGUUGCACUGAAGGAAUUCCUCAUACAGUAUAGACGUACUCCACUACCUACAGGAUUCUCCUACAGCGAAUUACUAAAUGGAAGACAAAUAAGAACCAAGAUUGACACCGUAUUGCCUUCACCAGCUCAUAUUGCACAAGGCAAACAAAAUGUUAAGUCAUUGGUUCGAGAGUAUAAAAUUGGAGACACAUGUUAUGCAUUGUAUUGUGGACCAAGGAGAGAUAAAAACCCCAGAUUGGUACCGGCCGUGGUUACUAAAAGACUAGGACCACGUUCAGUAAAUGUUAAAGUUGUGCCUAAAGGCCCGGUGUGGAGACGCCACAUAGAACAAUUGCAGCCACGAUAUGAAACCAAAGAAGAUGCGGAUCCAGGAGUUGAUUACCAACAUGAUAGUCUGUUGGACAAUAAUUAUCCUGCAGUCGAACAGGCUAUGAUGGACACUAAUGUUAAUGCCCCUAAACCUUCAAUUAACCAUGAUAAACAUUAUAGAGUUCAUAAUGACAAUCGUGAGCAAUAUGGACCGCAGAAUCCCCGUCGUUCAAGCAGAGCGCGUAAAUCUAAGAUGAUGUUCUCAUAUUAG